AUGUGUGAUGAUAGUGACUUUGCGGUAAGUGCUGUUCUAGGGCAACGAAAAGAAGAUCAUGCAGCCCUUAAGCACCUUAUUGCAAAGAAAGAUACUAACGCAAGACUACUACGUUGGAUCUUGAUUUUGCAAGAACUUGACAUCAUUAUCAAAGAUAAAAAGGGAGUGAAAAAUGUUGUAGCAGACCAUCUAUCAAGGCUGACCUUUGAAGAUAACUCAAACACCUUGCCAAUUAGAGAUGAAUUUCCCGAUGAAAAUUUAUUUAUUAUCUCUUCUCUACCAUGGUUUGCUAAUAUUGCGAAUUACUUAGCUACAGUUGUAGACUACGUGUCUAAGUGGUUAGAGGCAGUUUCUUGUAGAGCCAAUUACAAUAAAACGGUUGUUAAAUUCCUUAAAGAAAAUAUUUUGUCUCAAUUUGGUACACCACAUGUUAUCAUUAGUAAUAGAGGCACACACUUUCACAACUGUUCAUUUGAGGCACUAAUGAAAAAGUAUGGGGUGAUUCAUAAAAUUUUCACUUCUUAUCACCCACGAACUAGUAGACAAGUAGAAUUGGCUAAUAGGAAAAUUAAACAAAUUUUCGAAAAGACGGUAAACCCUAAUCGUAAGGAUUGGUCGUUAAGACUAAAUGAUGCACUUUGGGCUUAUCGUACAGCUUUUAAGACUUCCCUAGAGGGAGGUAAACAUAGAAAAUUUCAAUUAAGUGAGUUAGAGGAGUCAAGAAAUGAUGCCUAUGAAAGUUCUAGAAUUUACAAGUCAAAAAUGAAAGCAUUUCAUGAUAAAAACAUUGUGAGAAAAACUUUUGAACAAAACCAGAAAGUGUACUUGUAUGAUUCUAGACUUUACAAGCACUGGGGAAAACUCCGCUCUAGGUGGACUGGUCCCUUUGUCGUAACACGAGUUUUUGAGAAUGGGACGGUUGAAAUUGAGGACCCUAAUGAUGGUAGGGUAUUCAAAGUGAAUGGACAGAGACUCAAAAUACUAUAUGGGCAACAGGAAUUAAUGUUGUUUAUGAAAGUUUGGAUGUUGAGACAUUUGCUUAAUCUUUUAGCGCACACAAGUCUUGUGCCAAACCCAAACCACAUUACAACCCUUUACAUUGACUAUUUUGAUUCCAAGUAUGAUUGUGGUAAGAAAGUGAUGAAUUUUCAUUUGACACUCCAUAAAGAAAAAAUAGCGCUAAACACUUCGAUACCCGUGAGUUGUGGAGCUGAACUUUCCGCUCGAGACAUAAUUAAUGUUGCAUGUGUUAGGGUUGGUGAUAAGAUGGCUAUGACUUAA